AUGGUUUACGAUAAUGAUGUUAUCACAUCUGACCAUUCUGCAAUCUAUACUAAGAUUGAAGACCUCGAGGUGGUGAGGCAAGGUCAUAAGUUUAUGUUUGAGAACGUCUGGCUAAAGGAAGCUGGUUGCAAAGAGGUGGUAUUAGGAAAUUGGAACAUGAUGAUUGGAGAUAUUUUGCCUAAUCGGUUGAGCCAAUGCGGGAUGUUACUAAAGAGAUGGGGAGGAGAUUAUGCCAAGCGAUUAGAGAAGGAGAUUGUGUUUCUGCAAGCUCGUCUUAAUGUUUUGAGGGAUCGUAAUGAUAGCACAGCUCUUCAUAUGUUCCAAGAGUUAGAUGACAGACUGAGUACUUUAUAUGAUAAUCUGAACAUCAUUUGGAAACAAAGGGCGAAACAGUUUUGGCUCGCGAAAGGGGAUAGGAAUACCAAAAUUUUCCAUCUCCAAUGCUUCGGCAAGAAAAUGGAAAAAUCGCAUAAACAAGCUUUGUGA